AUGGCAAAGAAAAAGAAAACGCAGCUAAAACCUGUGUCUCGUGGCUUCGCUACUACCUCCGUGGCUAAGAAAGUAGAACCUGUAGAAGAAGAAAUUCGACCAGAGGAGACGCCAGCCGACCCAGAGCCUCGAAUUGACCCAGCCGACGCCGAUGCUGGCCUGCAGGUUAAUUCGAACGCGAGUGGAGUGGAAGACGCGAAAGCAAUUGCCCUUCAAGCGAUUGUCGACUCGAACCAGGACAAAGUAGCCAAGGAGAUCAAUAGGACCAUAAACCUCAUAGAACAGGACCGGCGUUUUACACAAACCCUGCCCGAGCUAGAACUUGACCAAAGUUUCGUUGAUUACAUUGCCCAGUUGGCAAUAGAGUACAAGGUUCUCGAAAAUAAAUGGUCCCUGGACGUGUCUCAGGAAAAAGCUUUAACACGACUAGGGAUAACCUAUGGCGUCCUCAGGCGUCUGGGCUUCUCUGAAUCGAGGGUAGAGGAAUGCUUGAGGUCAAUAGCCGGUAUUGGUUUAGAGGAAGCUUAUGACUGGCUCUACCUGCAUUGUUCAGAGCAAGAACUUAGCGGUACUUCGUAUGACAAGGAAAGCAGCGAUGGACUGACCUCAGCCCCUCAAACGCCCUCGAGUUGGACGUCGCAGACCCCAUCAACUCCGCGUACACCCUCAUCGGCUCAGCUUCUCCUCCCACAGACACCAACGAUCCCUAUGUCCCCAUUGAACCCCAAUGCUCCCGUAUUCACUCCCUCCUUUCCCGUGUCGCCUCCACCAAAGGAUCUAGGACGAACAUCAGAUGUCAUAGACGUUGAAGAUCCAAACUCUGAGCAUGCAAAGAUACGCGUUCAACUGUUCGAACUAGAACGCAUAAAGUCCGGCAAAGACGCUUCCCUGAUAAACGAGCUACAAAUCAAGUUGAAAAAGUUAUCCCAGCAUUACUUUUUCGAUGCCAGAGAUGCGGAAGCUCUGUAUCGCGUUGAACGCGAGAAUAUCUCUGCCUCUGCUCUCCGCGCUAGACUUCAGGGUCUCGCCGAGGUGCCCAGUCUCCCUUCUCCACUUGUGGACAACCCUCCAGUGAAGGUGGCGACACCACAGCCUUCGACCCAACCUGAACGGGAUAUAUUCGACGAUGCAGACGAAGGCGGCCUCCUGGAAAUUCUCGACGAAAUGCCAGCCACGGCAACCGAUUCACAGGGAACCACGGUCAAGAUAUAUGACAUGAGUUUCCCAAAGCACUGGUCUGGCCGUACCCCCGAAAAGCUUCUGGCCGAGAAGGUUUCCAAACUGGACAAGUAUGCGGUCGUAUCAUAUUCUGAUCUUGCUGGUGUAAGUCGGGCCAAGCGUGCUUCAGUGAAAGUGCGAUGGGUUGGCCAAACCGUUGACGAGUGGUCAAUGGUGGAUGUUGCAUGUUAUGAUGAUGUACAGGCGCGGCACUACGUAGCUACCAUGGCCCUGCAUUCCCUUUCUCAUCCUUCGAAGGAAGGGGGUUUCGUGGUCGACAACGUAACUGCGGCAAGUGUAUCUUUCGUCAGAUCGUUCCCUGCCUGUCUUAGAGACCUUUGGGACGAACUUGAAGAAGCAAGGAAGGCUGCAGCGAAUUCGCAUAAUCGUAACGUGUGGGAUAUGCUUCAAUCCGUACUCGAUACAAAAAUCAAUUCUAACGAGCUCGACGAGAAAGAAAAUCGCCGGGGCUUGGGGGCGGGUACCACAAUACCUUCUCGAGUGAAGCCUCGUCGCGAGGUCCAAGAUACUUUCUCAGAACAACUGAUGCUUGAGUUCCAAGCCCGACAGGCCAGCUCUGCUUACCAGGUUAUGCUUGAACAAAGGAACACACUCCCCAUCGCUGCUCAUCGGCAACAUAUCAUCGAAAUUCUAGAUUCGUCGCAGGUGCUCGUGUUGAGUGGGGAAACGGGAUGCGGAAAAUCCACCCAAGUACCGGCCUUCCUUUUGGAGGACCAACUUUCACAAGGAAAGCCCUGUCGAAUAUUUUGCACUGAACCACGCAGAAUAUCUGCCAUAUCCCUGGCGCACCGCGUGUCCCAAGAGCUGGGUGAUCCCCCGAACGCAGUGGGAACUCUGGCAUCGUUGAUAGGGUACUCUAUACGUCUAGAGAGUAACACAACCCGGAAUACGCGGUUGACAUUUGUCACCAAUGGUAUUGCCUUACGCAUGCUUGAAGACGGGUCUGGAAGCGGUGGGCAAGGAACUGCUUUUGAUGACAUUACGCAUAUCGUUGUCGACGAAGUACAUGAGCGGACCAUCGAGUCUGACUUCCUGCUCAUUGUCCUGAAGUCACUAAUUCAGCAACGUCCUAAUUUGAAGGUUAUACUUAUGUCCGCGACCAUGGAAGCAGACAAAGUGUCAGCAUACUUCGAUGGCUGCCCCGUAUUACAAGUUCCAGGGCGUACAUAUCCUGUGGAGGUCCGAUAUCUAGAGGACGCAGUUGAAUGGACGAAGUGGCAUAUAACGGAAGAUUCGCCACACGCCCGACGCCUGAAUGACAAUUUCUACAAGGGCAAAGCUCGCGCCGACUGGUCAGAAGAUAUCACUGAAGGCAUCGAUAACGACAGUGACGACCCUGACAGCGAAAAGGUCCAACUCGGAAAGCGGUAUUCCGCGAAGACCACGAAGACCAUCAACCUUUUCGACGAACGGACGAUACCGUACGAUUUAAUCAUGCGCUUACUGGAACAAAUGUGCACAGACGGAGAAGAGUAUAGUCGUUACUCGGCGGCAGUUCUGAUAUUCAUGCCAGGACUGAGGGAAAUUCGCCGCAUGAACGACCUUCUCAUGGAACAUCAGUACUUUGGAUCAUCGAACUUCUGUGUAUAUCCUCUUCACUCUACUUUGUCAAGCGAGAACCAGAGCGCAGUGUUCGAUAUACCACCACCUGGUAUUCGUAAGAUCGUAAUAGCAACCAAUAUUGCUGAGACUGGUAUCACUAUUCCGGACAUCACCUGCGUCAUUGAUUCAGGGAAGCAUCGUGAAAUGAGGUUUGACGAGAAACGCCAGAUCAGCAGGCUCAUCGAGACUUUCAUCGCCAGAAGUAAUGCUGCCCAAAGAAGGGGCAGAGCUGGCCGCGUACAGGAUGGACUGUGCUUUCACCUAUUCACAAAGUCUAGACAUGAUACCAAGUUGGCCCCGCAGCCCCUUCCUGAGAUGAUGCGCCUCAGUCUCUCCGACCUCGCUCUACGCAUCAAGAUCAUGAAGCUUCAACUCGGCAAAUCAAUAGAUGAUGUCCUUUCCCGAGCACUUGACCCCCCUGUUGCCAUCAACGUUCAGCGGGCGAUAUCGUCUCUUGUCAAGGCUCUCACUCCUCAAGAAGACAUCACCCCAAUGGGUGUGCUCUUGAGUAAGUUGCCAACCGACGUUCAUCUUGGGAAGUUCCUCCUGGUCGCUACCAUUUUCCGUUGCCUGGAUCCUGCUUUGACCAUCGCCGCUGCUCUCAACUCCAAAUCCCCCUUCGUCACACCAUUUGGCCUUGAGCAAGAAGCCGAUCGUGCUAAGCACUCGUUCCGAACAGAGAACUCGGACUUUCUGACCGUCCACAAUGCCUUCGCCAGCUGGCGUCGUGCAUCGGACAAUGGAAGCUUUGUACGAAACUUCUGUAAGCGUAAUUAUCUCAGCCAGCAGAAUCUUCAACAAAUCGAAGAGUUGCGCCAGCAGUUUCUGGGAUAUCUAGUCGACUCGCGGUUCAUCCAAGUUGACGCAUCGUUCGUCCGUGAACUGAAUCGACACAGUGCAAGAUACAGUCGCGGCCGCACACGCUUCGUGAUGGUGCCUCACGACUUGGACUCUAAUUCCUCUAACGUUGAUCUUCUGAACGCCGCGCUAGUCGCUGGAUUGUAUCCUAAGAUACUCUCCAUCGACUCGCAGACUGGGCAAAUGCGCACGAUCCUGAAUAAUCAACAGGCAUCGUUCCAUCCAUCCUCCAUCAACUUUGGCCGCAAGCCCGCGGAUUUUGGUGUGAACUACCUUGCUUAUUUCACAUUGAUGCGUUCCAAGAAGCUAUAUGCUUGGGAGACUAGUCCAGUCAACGAUAUUGCCAUGGUUCUACUUUGUGGCGAGAUGGAGACCAAGCUCGUCGCCGACUCUGUUUUCAUCGACCGGAAAUUACGAUACAAAGUAUCCCCCAAGGUCAACAUAGCCCUCAAACUCCUCCGCGCGCAAUUGGCCAAUCUGCUCGCAAAACAAUAUCGCGGCAAAGUGCUCACAGAGUCACUGAUGCUUUGGUACGAUAUUGCGCUGAUGAUUUUGGGCAAGGUCAAUCCGAAUCAGGAGGAACGAUCUAUACAGGUCGCUGGCUAA